AUGGGUAUCUUGAUUCUUGACACUGAUUUGAUUUAUGACUGUUUUAGAUGUUAUAUUACUGAAAGAUUCAUCACGAUUACAGGACCAUCACUCAGAGAUCUCUUCACCAAAGAGAAUGAUGUGGAAUUUAAACAAGAGCUAGUGGGUGAAAAUUAUGAAGAAAGCCUCACUGAACAACAAAUUUGUCAAAUUAUGGGUUCAAUACAACUGGGAAUAAAACAUGAAUUUAAAUUCAUAACUUCAAUACCCAAAUUCAAUUCAUUUCCUGGUGAUUUUAAGGACAUUUCAACGAUCAUGUUUCGUAAUUGGCAUGAUACCAAUAACAAUAUACCAUUUCCAGAUUUUUCUUUUUCUACAUAUGCUCCAUUAACAUUCCAUUAUUUCAGAGGCUUAUUUGGUAUUGAAGCAAAAGACUAUUUAACCUCUUUUUGUAGCUCGCCUCUUCAUGAACUGUCCAACCCGGGUGCUAGUAAAUCAAAAUUUUACCUCACACCAGAUGAUAAAUUUAUCAUGAAAACUGUACAGGAAACCGAAGAUGAAUGUUUACUCAAGUUACUAUCUAGCUACAGCACUUGUUUUAGCGGCAAUCUGAAAUCUCUGUUGCCAAAAUUUUCCGGGUUUUAUGGUUUUAAAUCAAAAUCAAUAGACAUUAAAUUAGUAUCUAUGAACAAUUUACUACCUUCUAACAUAAAAAUGCACCAACAAUUUGAUCUGAAAGGUUCGACUCUCGGUAGAGAAGCUUCCGAUCGUGAAAAAAAUAAAACAUCGCCUACAUUUAAAGAUUUAGAUUUUAUAUGCGAACUUCAUCCUAAGGGCAUAUUUUUGAAGCCAGAAAUUCGUUUAGCUCUUCUGGAAACAAUAAAAAGAGAUUGUAAGACACUAAAAUAUUUUAAAAUAAUGGAUUACAGUCUUUUAAUGGGCGUUCAUAACAUCGACCAUCCUUUGAAAACAGAUGACGAUACUUCACCAAACACUUACGCUUCAAUGCUGGCAGCUAAAGCCUGGUGGGAGAGUUUGAUGGAUGAUUCAGUAGAGGAGAAAAGUAUUCAAGCAGACACUGAAACUUUUUCAGAUGAAAAUUAUGCUUCGUUAAAACAUUGCAUACCUGCUAAAAGUGUCAAUAUUAUUGACAUACUACAAACUUAUGGAAGAACGAAAAGCCUAGAGCGUAGUUUUAAAUCAUUGAUAUUGAAGCUUACACCUAGUGCGACAGAAAAUGCCUACUCUAUUUCUGUACAACCUCCCGAAUUCUAUUCUUCUAGAUUUCUUCAAUCUAUGACCGACUCUGUGUUCAAGCCAAUGUUAUCUCCUCAAGAACUUGAUGAACUAUCCAAACAACCAAUCGAUAUACUAUUGUUGAGUAAACGAGGGUGUACUAAAAUCGCUGCAGAAAAAUGCAGUAUCUUAAUAUGA